AUGUCAUCGACAAUACAAGCGAUAAGUAGCUCUCCAACAUCAACUACUUCGGCAACACCAAGCUGUAUCACCUUCACACCUGGAAAAGAUGGUUAUGUCCCCUCGUACGCGUGCAAUGCGCAAUGGAGCUAUUCGCCAUCUUUUGGAGCAGCAUUGUUCUUCGCCAUUGCAUUUGGAAUCAGUCUAGCUCUUCACAUCUUCCAAGCAUUUUACUUCAAAAAAUGGAAACUCACAUGGGUUCUCAUCAUGGGGGUAACAUGGGAAUUCAUCGCCUUUGCUGGUCGCUCAUUCGGUUCCAAGCACCAGCAAUCAUUCGCCGCCGCUUAUGUGUCCCAAAUCUUCUUGCUAUUGGCACCGAUGUGGGUCAAUGCAUUUAUAUACAUGGUCUUGGGAAGGAUGAUCUACUUCUUUGUACCAGCCCAGAAAAUAUGGGGUUUCAAAGGCAUCAAGAUUGCAAAGAUCUUCGUUUGGCUCGAUGUUGUCUCCUUUCUUACCCAACUAGGUGGAGGCUUGUUGAUCCAGCCGAACCAAGAUCAGAAAACACUCAUGAUGGGAAUUCACAUCUACAUGGGAGGAAUCGGAUUUCAAGAAGCCUGCAUUCUUCUUUUCGCCGCCAUUGCCGCUAAAUUUCUUAUCACGAUGAAAAAGCAGGAAAGAGCAAAUUCGGCUGGCAAUUUCGUUCUCGACGGCCGUCCAACAAACUGGGGUCCUCUUUUGUACACUCUAUUCGCCUCUUUAGUUCUCAUCACCAUCCGCAUAAUCUUCAGAAUGGUAGAAUUUGCUGCGGGAGACGACCCAGACAAGAAUCCGAUUCCUUAUACUGAAGCAUACCUUCUCGCUCUCGAUGCUCUGCCGAUGUUACUAUGCGUCUUUCUUUUGAAUCUCAUUCAUCCUGGACGUGUCUUGCAGGGCGAGAAUAGCGAGUUCCCCAAAGGACCGACUAGGAAGCAGAAGAAGGAAAUCAAACGGGCGAAGAAGGCCGAGAAAGCAGCGAAAAAGCAGACCAAGAAGGAUGGACGAUCCUUUGUUGAGAUGAAUAAUAUGGUGUAG